UAUUUGUGAUGACAGAAGUGAAAUUCAAGUUUUCACAAUAAUGAAUAACUAAUGUGUGUACCUAAAUAUAUACAUAAUGUAUAUCAUAAAUAUUUUUAUUUAAAUUUUAUUAAACUUUAUAUAAAAAUAUUAGGUGAUAAACAAAAAUCAGUCUUUAAACAGCAGGUGAGCUUUUUUUUAAAAAAAAAAAAUAAUCAAACAAAUAAUAAACAAUAAAUAUUAAUGUAUAAAUUACUAAUAUUUAAAAUUCAUCAUUUUGAUAAAUAAAUAAAUUAUUAAAUCAAUAAAAUUUAUUAAUAAAUUAAUAACUACAAGCUAUUAUUUUAUUUUGUCAAUUAGAAAUUAAAAUAUGUUAUUAUAUAACAUUGAAAAUAGGAAAUAGAAAAUCGAAAUUAUUACAUAUUUAUAUUAUAUAAUUUAUAACUUUAUUAUUAUUAUUAAUUUUUUGUUUUUUUUUUUAAUCAGCUGUGACGUGUUUUGUCAGUUGCAGAUAAAUUUUUCAAAAGUAUAUAUAAAAGAGAUACAUAUUAAAUUCCAAUGACAGAAUACUAAAAUUAAUUAUAAAUUUGUUUUUUCGUUUUUGGCGAAUAUGCAUUACGAUGAUGAUUGCAAUUAAAUUUGAGUUAUUCAACAUAUAAAUUAUGACUUGGCAAUUUCCCGGGUAAAUAAAACAGCAGGGGACAUAUUUUGAAGGACAAACAAAAUGGCUGCCAACUGAUUUGUCUGUUAAAGUGUUGUUGACUAAUUAUUUUUUUAUUAUCUGUUGUACUGUUGCAGUAUAGUGAUAAUAACUGUAAACCAAAGAUGGAAUCAUUUUUGUCUCUUUUUGAUACUGGUGAAUCAACGACCAAGAGAAAAUCAACUUGGAAUAAAUACACUGAAAAAAGCAGUUCAGAUUGUGAAAGUUCAGAAAAUGAUGAUGACAAUGAGGAAUCAUUACCUCCAGAACCAGAACAAGGAAAUAUUGAAUAUAAAUUAAAACUUGUAAAUCCAUCAUCACAAAGAUUUGAACAUUUAGUAACACAAAUGAAAUGGAGACUCAGAGAAGGACAUGGAGAAGCUAUUUAUCAAAUUGGUGUUGAAGAUAAUGGACGACUGGCAGGUCUUUCACGAGAAGAUAUGAAAGCAUCAUUAAAAACUCUUCGUGAUAUGGCAUCACGUCUUGGUGCAACAACAAGAGUACUUCGUGAAAGAAUGGCAAAUUCACCUGAAAAUUUAAAAUCUAAAAAAAAAUUAAAUGAAAUAACAAAUGCAACAACAGAAAGACGAAGAACCGUUGAAGUAUUAGUAACAAAAAUUCGUCGAGGUGAUCAAGAUAAUCAAGAUACUGCUAUUGAUUUAAGAUUAGCAGUUGUUGGUUCACAAGAUGCUGGUAAAUCAACACUUCUUGGUGUAUUAACACAGGGUGAAUUAGACAAUGGUCGUGGUAGAGCAAGAUUAAAUAUGUUACGUCAUCUUCAUGAAAUAAGAAGUGGUAGAACAUCAUCAAUAUCACAUGAAAUAAUUGGUUUUGAUACAUCUGGACAUGUAUUAAAUUAUGCUGAAAUGACAACUGCUGAAGAAAUAUGUGAAAAUGCAACAAAAGUUGUUACAUUUAUUGAUCUUGCUGGACAUAAAAAAUAUUUGCGAACAACACUAUUAGGUUUAAUGGGUUAUUCACCACAUCAUGUUAUGGUUGUUGUUGCACCACCACUUAAUGAAGCUGCACAAGAACAUAUAGCACUUUGUCUUGCUUUAAGAUUACCAUUUUUUAUUGUUAUGACUAAAAUUGAUUUGGGACUAUGUGAACAUCAACAAACACUUAUGCAAAUUAAAAAUACAGUACGUUCACAAGGAUAUAAUAAAGAACUUGUACUUUAUAGUGAUAAUAAUAAUAGUAAUAAUAGUCAAAUUACUUCACAUUAUGAUGAUAAUAUUAUACCAGUAUUUGCUGUUAGUUCAGUAACUGGUAUUGGAUUAGAUGAACUUACAGAAUUUAUUAAAGAAUUAUCACCAUCAGAAUCAUCAAAUUUAGAUACUGGUCCUGGUUCUUGUUUAUUUAGAAUUGAUGAAACAUUUAGAGUUGCUGGUUUAAAUAAUCCAGUACUUGGUGGUUUACUUGUUAAGGGUAAUAUUGCACCAGGUACAAGAAUGCUUGUUGGACCAUUACCUGAUGGUGAAUUUUCACCAGUUAAAGUUGUAUCAUUACACAGAAAUAAAGCACCUUGUGGUUAUGUUAGAGCUUCACAAAGUGCUAGUUUAACACUUGCACCAUCAACUAAAAGAGAUGCAACAUUACCUCAUUUAAGGCCUGGAAUGGUACUUGUAUCAAUUGGUGAUCAUCCACAUGCAACUGUUUUCUUUCAAGCAACAGUUUUAGUUGUUUAUCAUGCAACAUCAAUUUAUCCAGGAUUUCAAGCAACUGUUCAUGUUGGAAAUGUUCGUCAAACAUGUGUUAUUGAAGGAAUAAUGGAUAUUAAAGAUGAGGGAUUACAAACAAAUGAUACAGCAUCAGUUCUCUUCAGGUUUGUCAGCCAUCCAGAAUAUCUUCAUGUUGGCAUGAGACUUUUAUUUCGUGAGGGUCGUACCAAAGGAAUUGGAAAAAUAACACAAGUUUUUCCACUCAUCGGUUCUCAAAGUAAUUCACAAUAAAUUAUUAUAACUACUCUUUUUUUCCUCAACAUGCAUCUUGAUAACUUUUUUGACUUGUUUUUUCUUUUUUUCUUUUUUUAAUUUAAAAAAAAAAACAAUUAACCAAUUUCUACAAAUUUGACAAAGUAUUUUUUUUUUUUUUUUCACUCCUCUCUUUUUUUCGAGGAUAUAUACAAAAAAUCCCCCUGACGUGAAUUACUUUUGCCUACAUUGUAAGAUAUUAAAAAAAAAAAAAAGUAUAAUUAUUUAUAUAGAUAAAUGUAUAUAUAGAUGUAUAUUACGUAGAUCGUACUUAACGUAUUAUUACAUGUUUUCAUUUUUUGCUUUAUCAAUUCUUGCUUAUGUAAUUUGCAAGAAUAUAUUUUUUGAAAUAAAAAUAAAUAUUGAAAAAAAAAUAAAGAGAAAUUUCAAUAAUAUCUAAGAAAAAUUAAUAACUAUAUAUAGUUUUUUUUUUGUGUGUGUGCGUGUGUCAAGAAAAAGAAAUAAAAUAAAUAAAUUUUGGUUCGUUUAAAAUUGUUGAGAUUAGAAAAAAAAAUAUCAUAGAGACUAGAUAUAUAUGUAAAUAAGAUAUAUAUAUUAAAGUUUUAUCUUUAAAUUGAAUUUCUAUCUGACCAGACAAAUGAUUCAAUCCAUUCAAGAUGUUUAUAAACUGAUGUAUAUAAUGCAGGAACAGGACUUCCACAUAUUUGUCCUGACGAAACAAUUCCAACUAAACUUUCUUCAUCAUCAUUUAUUAAUAUAAGUGGUCCUCCACUGUCACCCUGGCAUGCAUCUGCUCCUCUAGUUAAAUUUUUAUCCAUAACACAUAUUACAUCAUCUGUUAUACCAUUUCUUAAACUUUGAAAACCUGCAUAAAAACGUGAACACUCUUGUCUCGAUACAACACUAUUAAAAAAAAAUGUAUUAUAUUAAUAUUAUAAUUUAAAAAAAUAAAUGAAAAUAUAAACUUA